AUGAGCCAUGGCCAACCACCAAGUGCUUCAACGAAGGAGAAGCAGUGGUACAAGGACGUUGACUUGGGCUUCAAGACGCCUGCUGAGGCAAUCAACGGCACCUUCAUCGCAAAUCAGCAACCGUCAGAACCCGUCAGUGAAAUCGCCCUUUUCCUGAUGAACUUCGAAACUGUGAACAUCCUGCGCAAGAAACACGCUGGGCGAUUCGGCGACAUCUACCUCUAUGUCUCUGCGCUGGCGAUGUUCGCCACCAUCACUCUGCACGAGGUCGUCGACAUAGUGCGGGCCAUGCAGGCGUUCACGGGCGACGAGUCAAACCCGGCCUAUGCAGGUGAAUACUAUAGCGACAUCGAGAGCGCGAUCAGCGUGUGCAAAACAGCCGUAUAUACGGUGGUAACAAUCCUCUCGGACGCGUUUAUUGUCUUCCGAACAUACGUUGUGUGGAACCAGAACCCACUCGUGGCUAUCCUCCCCACCUUGCUCCUCAUAGGCGAUCUCGGGAUGGGCAUCGCGGCUGAUCACGAACUGACGCAACUGAAUGUCGGAACAAGCAAGUUCAACGCAGAUGCGAUCGCGCGCCGUACGCAGGCCUUCUACGCGCUCACUCUCACACUGAACGUGAUCUGUACCCUGUUGAUUGCCUACAGGAUAUGGAGUAUCCAGAAGGAGUUGGCAUCUGUCAACACGAUCACGUCCGGUCGGACGAGUCUGACGCGGAUCGUGAACAUCCUCAUCGAGUCCUGCGCUGUGUACUCCGCACUCCUGUUCAUCCUCAUUAGCACAUACGCCGCUGGCUCUCCGGCGAUGUUCAUAAUCCUCGACAUUACCGCACCAAUAAUUGGUAUUGUGUUCUUCUCCGUGAUCAACCGCGUCGGGCGGGGCGUCAGCCACGGGGAUCAUGCCACCUCGCAAAUGCUCACCACGCUCAACUUCAACUCGCGAAGUGGCAUGACCCCGUCGACGGGCAAUACGGUGGAGACGGCAACGGAGCUACACGACAUGGACUCGUUCCACCUCGACGUGACGAUCAAGGCGGAUCCGGUUGGCUUGGACCCCACGGAGAAGAUAAUGCCGACCGCGAUGUUUAUGGACAAGAAGCCCUCCUUGACGGGCAUGGACGCUGUAUGA